AUGGGGAAGGAGAGGCAAAAGAGCAGAACUCACUCAGGCAUGAGCGUUGGGGGCAGCGGUGGCUGUCGAGUGCGGGCCCGAGACCAGGAACGGCUCCCCGGGCGGGCGCGCCGGCGUCGGACUUCCGAGGCGGCGGCUACUGCCUCGUCUGCAGCCGCCGCCGAGCUGCGGCUGCCGCGGAAGGGCCGGCGGGAGCUGCUCUCGGCUCGGCGGUCGCGGCGCCCGCAGUCUGGAGGCGCACCGGAGUGUCCGGGGCGCCCCCCGCGGGAGCCCGCGGCUACCCGGGGCGCGCAUCCAGCCGCGGCGCCUUGGGCCGGGCACGCUGCGCCCCCGGGAUCUGCGGACCCUGCGCCGCCGCCGCCGCCGCCACCGCUUCGGAGCUUGUGCUGCGCGGGCUGGCCGGCCGAGCGGCCAGGGCCCGGACCGCCUCCCUGCGCCCGCCGCGGCUUCUCCCCCUGGCGGUGGGAGCCUCGGCGGCCGCCGGCUAUACUAGGCGCACUGGAGCCCGAGCCGAGCCGAGCCCGAGCCGCGCCGCCACCACCACCGCCGCCGCCUCUCCCGGGCGCCCUCCCAGCGCGCGGGCCGGGAUUGGGGGGGGUGCGCCGGGCCGGAGCAGCGAGGGCGGGCGAGGGGGCGCGCACUGGGGUUGGCGCUGAAGACCGGACUCCCAGCCGCGAGGGGAGCCCUGCACCCCAACUGAGGAGCACGUGGCAGAAGGAGAAUGAGGGGGCCCUCUCUUGCAGACCCCCACGCUGUAUGUACCUCAGUGCAUUUGUUUCAGCAUUUAUCCUCAUGGUAGCAGCUGUACUUUUCAACCCACUGGAAGGAGAUGCCUAAGCUGAUGAACAGUUUCUCCCAAGAAGCUGGGGGCAAAGAAUGGAAGGAAUGCAGAUUUCAUUAACUAGUGACUCUGGAGAUGCGGGCUAGGGGAACCUUCCCAAAUGGGAAAACUCCAAAGAUUUCUGAAAGACCAGGAUAACUGGAGGCUCAGAAACCCAGGUUAAGAAACUGGAACUGGAUCAACCUUAACCCUCUCCCCACUGCCAACCCUGUCCCCUAGCUCUAAGGAAGCUAACAGGUCUUUUGUAUUGUGUCGCCUUUGGAGAAUUUGCAUAGAGUAUGACAACAGCAAAUUACUACUGUUUACUCAAAGUUAAGGGGAUUGCAGAAAGAGAAAACAUGGUUUUUUACUUUUUCUCUUUGUAUGCGUGUGUUUGGCAAGGAGUGGAGUUGUUAGGUUCAUGGCAUGAACUGCAAAACGUCAGUUUAUAACAAUAAAGACUGUAAAGCCGCCUAGGUAUAUUUUUAGAAGCUGUACUUUCUUGAGUUCCUUUCACACAAGGCUUGCUCUCAUUAAGUCCCCAUAAAUAAUUGUAUUUAGAAGGAAACUAUAGAAGCAGGAAAGAGAUUGCUAAGAUUUCCAUCCUGCCAGUGCAGAGCACUGUUUGCUGGGAAGUUCCUGGAAAGUGACUGUGGGCUGAGAAUUCAGUUUUUCCUAAAAGCUCUGUUAGGUCCUCUUCUGUCAGAUGCCUAUGAAUAAAACACGCUGGGAAAAUCCUGA